UCUCGUGGCCUGGGGCCGCCUGGGCUCCAUCGGGGACGGCGCCUUCGACGGACUGGGAGCACUGGAGUACCUGUUCAUUGAGCACUCCCAGCUCGGCUCCGUCUCCCCCUGGGCCCUGCGGGGCCUGCGCGGCCUCAGCCACCUCAGCCUGGCUCACAACCGCCUGGAGUCGCUGCCCCGGGGGCUCUUCCGGGACCUGCGGACCCUGAACCACCUGGACCUUCGGGGGAACCCCCUGCGCUGUGACUGCCGCCUGCGCUGGCUGCUGGCCUGGCUGGCCGCCCGCCCCUCCCCCGCCCCGCCCGAGGCCGGGGGGCGCUGCCGGGGGCCCCUCCCCCACCAGGGCACCCCCCUGGCCCUGCUGGGGCCCAGACAGCUCCAGUGCCAGAGACACGAGCUGCGGCCGUUCCAGUCCCUGCCGUUCUCGUCGCUGGGUGCGGAGCCCUUCGCCCUCGGGGGGCACCCAGGGGUGGCCCUGGCCCAGCCGGGGCUCGGGGGCUGCGCCCUGCUGGAGUGGGAGCAGCUCGGGGGGAGGUUCCGGGCCGUGACCGUCAUCAACAGCUCCUCCCCGGUGGCCUGCCACCCCCUGGCCAUGGGUGACACCCUCCUGCUGGUGGUGGCCCAGCUGGGCGGCGGCUCCUGGGUGUGGCGCCGCUCCGGCGGCCCCGGCUCUCCCUUCGUGCGCCACCAAGCCCUGGGCUGGGGCCGCCUGCGCCGUCCCCACGCCGUCACCUCCGCCCACCUGGACGGUCACCUGUACCUGGGCGUGGCCGACAGCUCCAAGGGCGGCACCAGCACCGUGUUCCGCUGGGCUUCCGGAGGGUUCUACCCGCACCAGGCGCUGCGGCCGUGGCAGAGGGACACGCACCUGGAGUUCCUGGAGCUGGGCGGGCGCCCGGCGCUCGUGGUGUGCAGCGCGGCGCGCCGGCCCCUGGUGUACCGGUGGGACGGCGCCGCCUUCGCGCCGCUCACCGACAUCCCGCACGUGCCGGAUGUGUACGCGGCCAGGCACUUCCGAGCUGGAGGAGGAGGAGGAGGAGGAGGAGGAGGAGGAGGAGGAGGAGGAGGAGGAGGAGGGGUGUUCCUGUGUCUCACCAGGUUCCUGGGGGAUGCCAAGGUGAUGCGCUGGGAGGGCUCCAUGUUCCGCGAGGUGCAGGCCGUGCCGGCGCGUGGCUCCCUGGUGUUCCAGCCGCUGGCCCUUGGUGGCCACCGCUACGUCCUGCUGGGCAACGACUUCGCCCCCAGCCGCGCCUUCCGGCUGCGCGCCGGCGGCCGCCUGGAGCCGGCGCAGGAGCUGGCGCCGCCCGCGCCGCGCGCCUUCGCCGCCGUCACCGCCGGCCACCAACACUUCCUGGUGGCCUCCAGCUUCAAGGGCGCCACGCAGAUCUACGCACAUGUCACCGAGGAUGUGGGGACGUGA